GAGCCCCCCUCCCAAACGGCCUGCUUCUCCCAGCAAUUCACUCCGGAUUGCUGCUCUGCCCCACAGCUCUAGGGGGGGCGCUUUCGGAAAGGGGAGGGAGAAGGGACCCCCCCCCCGUGGAUGUUGCAGGAAAGGAGAAUUGGGAGCGAGGACAAAGAGGGCUUGACUUCAGGUGCAGCAGAAUUCCCCAGCCCCCGAAGGAUUUGAGACCCAUCAGCUUUCCUCACCUGGUUUAGCCGGCCGGUUGAAGCCGUUGCUUGAACCCCUGUUGCAUGCUGACAGCUUCUGGAAGCCACAGGUCCUGCCUUCACCGGCAGCAGAAUUCCCCAACCCACCAAGGAUUUGAGACCCAUCAGCUAUCCUCACCUGGUUUUGCCAGCCGGUUGAAGCCGUUCCUGGGAUUGUGGCCUCUGUUGCAUGCUGACAGCUUCUGGAAGCCACAGGAUUUCCUUUCCUCCCACUCUGAAGAAGGUGAUGGAGAAGACAUUCAGAAUUCCAGGGGAUGGGGCACCUUUCAUUUCAUUAGGAAUAGAAAUUAAAAUGUGUGAAAUGUGGGAUAUGCUUCAUUGAAUGAGCACACAUAGCUCACAUCAAUGACUCCAAGAGGGGAGAAAACAUUUAAAGGUAUGGAGAGUGGGAAAAGUUUCACUGAUAGUAGAAAACUUAGAACGCAUCAGCGGACUCACAUGGACAAGAAAGGAUUCCAAUGCAGGGAGUGUGGGAAGAACUUUAGUCUAAGAGGACUCCUCAAUAUACACCAGCGGACUCACACAGGGGAAAAACCAUUUAAAUGCAUGGAGUGCGGGAAAAGCUUCCGUCAGAGUGGACACUUAAGUGCACAUCUACGGACUCACACGGGUGAAAAACCUUUUAAAUGCAGGGAGUGCGGAAAGAGCUUCAGUAAGAGUGGACACUUAAGUUCACAUCAACGGACUCACACGGGUGAAAAACCAUAUAAAUGUAUGGAGUGUGGAAAGAGCUUCAGUAAGAGUGGACACCUCAAUAGACAUCACCAGACUCACACAGGGGAGAAACCAUAUGAAUGCAGGGAGUGUGGGAAGAGCUUCAGUCGGAAUGGAGAACUUAAAUUACACCAGCGAACUCACACUGGUGAAAAACCAUAUAAAUGUAUGGAGUGUGGCAAGAGCUUCAGUCAGAGUGGGCACCGCAAUAUGCAUCAACGGACUCACACAGGGGAGAAACCAUUUCAAUGCAUGGAGUGCGGAAAGAGCUUUAGUGAAAAUGGAGCCCUUAGAAUACAUCAACGGACUCACACAGGGGAAAAACCAUUUAAAUGUAUUGAGUGCGGAAAGAGCUUCAGUCAGAAUGCAGACCUUAAAAAACAUCAACGGAUUCACACAGGGGAGAAACCAUAUAAAUGUAUGGAAUGUGGAAAGAGCUUCAGUUACGAUGCAGGACUUAGAUCACAUCAACAGACACACACAGAGGAGAAACCAUAUGGAUGUAUGGAGUGUGGAAAGAGCUUCAGUCAGCUUGGAACCCUUAGAAUACAUCAACAGACUCACACAGGGGGAAAACCAUUUAAAUGCAUUGAGUGUGGAAAGAGCUUCAGUCGAAAUGGAUACCUUAGAACACAUCAACGGACUCACACAGGGGAGAAACCAUUUAAAUGCUUGGAAUGCGGAAAGAGCUUCAGUUACGAUUCAGGCCUUAGAAGACAUCAAUUGACUCACACAGGAGAGAAACCAUAUAAAUGUGUGGAGUGUGGAAAGAGCUUCAGUCAGAGUGGACACCUCAAUAUACAUCAACGGACUCACACAGGGGAGAAACCAUAUAAAUGUGUGGAGUGUGGGAAGUGCUUCAGUUUCAAUGCAAUGCUUAGAAGACAUCAACGGACUCACACAGGGGGAAAACCAUUUAAAUGCAUUGAGUGCAGAAAGAGCUUCAGUCAGAAUGGAGACCUUAAAUUACACCAGCGGACUCGCACAGGGGAGAAACCGUUUAAAUGCAUGAAGUGCGGAAAAAGCUUCAGUCAAAGUGGAAAUCUUAGAAAACAUCAGCAGACACACAGGGAAGAAACCUUUUAAAUGUAUGGCAUGUGGAAGGAGCUUCAGUCGGAGUGGAACCCUUGAUAUACAUCAACAAACUCACACAAAAGACAAACCACAUAAACGUCAGGAAAGUAUAUUGAGGCUCAGUCCUUGUGGAAGUCCUACAUCAACAGACUCGUGGCCAGGAAGAACUUUACCAGUUGACACCCUACAUACCAUCAAUAACUUUAAAUGGAAGGAUUGCAGAAAGUGCUUUAGCUAUAAUGUAAUGUUUAAG